AUAAUGUGGUCCUCAAUCUCUUUAAUUGUCCUCUUUGCUUGUCAAGUCUUCGCCUUAUGGCCUGCGCCCCAGUCCAUUUCUACCGGUAGCUCUGUUUUGUGGAUUGAGAAGGAUGUUCAGAUCACCUAUAAUGGUGGAAGCGUACGCUCGAUUCCUAUUCAUAAUGAUUUGUUGACCAUUAAAACUGAACUCGUGGUGGAUGAACAGACUUCCUAUGCAUACGGCAAGCAUACCCCUUCCAGCAAAGCUUUCGUCCUCGAUGGUGUCAAGCGCGCCUUGGACGUUCUAUUCACCAAGAACCUGGUCCCUUGGAAACUUGUUGCUCGCAAUGAACUCUCUGGUUUCGAGCCUACCGCCAAUGCAGACGCUUCCACCAUCAAGACAAUACUCAUCACGCAAACCGGCCCCGACAACUCAAGUACCUUCAAGCCCUUAGCUGGUCAAGUCGAUGAGUCUUACAACAUUUCCAUUGCCACCGAUGGUACCACGAGCAUUACUGCAGUAUCCUACGUCGGUAUUCUUCAUGCCCUAGAAUCAUUCAUCCAGCUGUUUUACAAGGAAUCGUCCAGCGAUGGUGUCUAUACUAAUCUGGCUCCUAUCGAGAUCUCCGACGCGCCAAAGUUUCAACAUCGUGCCUUGAACAUGGACGUAUCUCGAAACUGGUACGAGGUGAAGGAUAUCAAGAGAACCAUUGACACUAUUUCAUGGAACAAAUUCAAUAUCCUCCAUCUCCACAUGACGGAUGCUCAAUCAUGGCCGAUAGAGAUCCCUUCAAUUCCCGAGCUGGCAGCAAAAGGCGCUUAUCAGACUGGGUUGAGUUAUAGCCCUCAAGACAUCGAAGACAUCCAAAAAUAUGCAAUCUCACGUGGUGUGGAAGUCAUCAUGGAAUUCGAUAUGCCUGGCCACACAUCGUCAAUCGGUUACUCCCACCCUGAACUUAUCGCUGCCUUUGAUGCCAAACCUUGGGGCACGUAUUGCGCCGAACCUCCUUGCGGGUCCUUGAAGCUGAACUCCCCAGCGGUUUUCGAUUUCUUGGAAAAGCUCUUCGACGACGUCUUGCCAAGAGUCUCUCCUUAUUCUUCAUACUUCCAUACCGGAGGAGAUGAAGUCAACGUCAACACUUUUCUUCUGGAUGACACAGUUAAUUCUAAUGAUACUGCAAUCUUGCAACCACUAGUUCAGAAAAUGGUUGAUCGCAACCACGAUCAAAUACGCAAGGCCGGUCUUACACCUAUGGUAUGGGAGGAGAUGCUCCUGCAGUGGAAUAUCACACUUGGGUCGGAUGUAGUUGUUCAAGCAUGGCAGACCGAUGAAGCUGUUUCUCAGACCACCGCAAAGGGCCAUAAGGUUGUGGGAGGAAACUACAACCUCUGGUACCUUGAUUGUGGAAAAGGCCAAUGGUUGAACUUCGAUAAUGGGGCAUCAUUCCAGCAAUUCUACCCAUUCGCCGACUACUGCUCGCCAACGAAGAACUGGCGUCUUGUAUACGCUUAUGAUCCCCUCGCUGGUGUCCCAGCAAAUGAGACGCACUUGGUUUUGGGUGCUGAGGUUCACAUCUGGUCUGAACAGACAGACCCAGUUAAUCUUGAUACCACAAUCUGGCCGAGAGCCAGUGCUGCAGGUGAGGUGCUUUGGUCCGGAAGACAAGAUGCCAGUGGACAAAACAGGAGUCAGAUCACCGCUGCUCCGAGGUUGGCGGAGAUGAGGGAGCGCAUGUUGGCUAGAGGGAUCCAACUUGGGCCAGUUCAGAUGGUAUUCUGUACCCAAAACAACGCCACAGAGUGUGCUCUAUAA